AUAGUGUGCGCCAUCCACCAUUUCAAUACUAAAGAACCAAUUAUUUUCUCCUCGGACGGUAGGGAUCGAUAGAUCGAUCUUGUGUCGCAACCGGAUCAAGUCCAAACGGUGCGAUUUGGUCUCGCUAUGGCAGACCCUUUGAGUGCCUUUGCGUCCUUGCUCGCCAUCUCCACCGCCGCAAUCAAAACCAUCAAGUCGCUCUGCGAAGCGACUCGGCGAUACAAGGGUCGCGACAAGACUCUGGGAAGACUACAAGAUGAAUUGGAUCAGCUGGCGCAAAUCCUCGAGUCUUUGGCGCGGAUAAAGACUGCCGACGAGUCUUUAUUUCUACUUCUGGAAGGCCCUAUUGCACGAUGUACACAAGUCUGCCAAGAGUUCAAGACCUCAAUGGGGACUUUCAUCGAAAAAGGCAAGGCAGGUCUUCUGGAUUGGGCCAAGAUGGAAUUCCGUCGCGGCGACAUCAACGAGUUCAUUGCAACCAUCGCCGUUUACAAGUCGACUAUCUCGGUUGGGCUAGGCACAAUAACGCUACAAACCUCCACUAUUUCGAAUAAAGUCCUUUCCGAGUACAUGGAAAUGAUUCAAGACACUAAAUACGACCUAAACCUUCAACUGCACCGCAUUGAUGAGAAAAUGACCCAGCUUACUGCUACAGCAGACAACGAUGCGAUCAUUGCUGUGGAUCUGAGCGACGAACGCGCAGUCACACGUCAAUGUCUUCGUAUCUGUGAAGAUGCCAAGGCAUACUUCCAACGAGUCUCAACGCAAGCAUCACAACUACUUGACGACUCGUCGGGGCCAGACGGCGAGGAGCAAUUGUUCGAGGGACAGGUGCAAAUGCGGAGAACACUGAAUGAAACUCGCGAGAAAUAUAUGCAAGCCUCUACUCGACUGCUGCAACGAUUGGCCCUUCUAGGUUUGGAUGAAACAUCUGAUGAAGACCGCACAAAGCUGCAAAGAGAUCUUGAGACGUCGCGACAGUGCAUAGAAAUUUGUGAACGAGCCAGCAAGAUGUCCAGUGAAAAGAUCUUCAGGGUCGCAGGGGCCUCGGCCGACAGCAACAGCGAUGCGAUGGUCGUAAAUACUCUCGCGGACAUGUUCAUUGUCGGCAAGGUUUCUUCGUCGAACAAUUCAGCAAUCCUGGUAGGUUCGAUGACCGCCGAGUCUUUGCGGGAAGUGACUGCCGAACGAUAUAAGAGUCGAUUCGGAGUCGCCACCGAAAACUCCAGCCAUGUGACGGAAGGAGUCAAAGACAUCCGGGUCGCCUCUGCAUCUAAAGAGGGACGUCAUGGCUUUCCAACAGCGGCGCAAGGGGGGAGUAGUCUUGUGACAACGACGGUACUGGAGAAGCCGACCAGCAACGAAGUGAAAAAACGAACACUUGGCCAAAAUUUUCCGUGAUGAAUUCAGGACACAGAAUCUUUUGGAGAGAAGUCUUGGAGGCGCAGGAAACCAUCCCAAAUCUUGCGUUUCGCCUACUGAGAGCUCAGGGGGUGUUGCGGAGUUGUCGCAGCCUAGACGGACUACAUUGUUAGUCGUUUUAAAAAUUUAUUAGCGAGCUUAUCUAUUUGAGCUGCCGUCACAAGCCAACAAUGUCUAGAGAAGAAAUGACGAACUGUCCUGAUAAGAUGUGUGUGUACGAACUGGUUACGAAUAUCCAUAUUUCAUCCAAAUGCUCGC